AUGAGUGAUGUGCGCGCGCGGGCAAGAGCAUCAUCAAGAGCGCGCGGGGCAAGUGUGAGUGUGAGUGUGAGUCAGACGACGAGCCUACAGAAUCGUGAAUCACGUGAACAUCCAUCACUCGUCACUCGACGAGCAGCAGCGUCGCAGCGCACGUCGCAGCGCACAUCGCAUUCAAGUCGUGCGUCUCAACAGUCGUGAGUGCUGACGUGUCUUUAAAGCAGCUAUAACGCCAUGUCAGCACCCACGCCAUGUCAGCACACUGCUCUCCUCCCAUCUCUCACCAUCCUCGUGCAGAAGCGGUCGCAGCGCAGUGCGGCGACGUUGGCUCUCGGCACGUUCCCACCGGACCUCUCCUCUGCCUGUCGCUUCGACAAAUAAAUGCACCGUCCAUGGCUCGCGCAAGCUUCAGCGCCACAGAUCGAGACUAG